CCUUGAUUUAGAUCUAUAGGAAGUUAGUGAUUGCGCCCGUAGCGAGGACAUGAAAAGACACCGGGAUAGUUCACGUUCUUCUCACAUCUUUCUGCCCCUCCCGCUUUUGUGAUAUUUUAUCCAACAUCCUGUAUCCGCAGCCGCUCUAUACAGUUUUUAUCUUCCACAGCGUUCUCUAUCAUUCCCUCGCUAUAUAUUGAUUAAUUUGGAGUUUAAGAUUAAAUAAAAAGUAUAAAAAUAAAUAGCUUGCAUUGUAGUGGGAAAAAAAAAAAACAUAAUAAUAAUGACGCCGGAGGGUUAUACGCGAGUGUACGUUGGCGGUCUGACUGAAACGAUUAAAAAGGAAGAUUUACAAACAGAGUUUGAAAAAUUUGGGAAGCUAAAUAAAGUAUGGGUAGCGUUUAACCCGCCAGGUUUUGCAUUUAUUGAAUUUUUGCGGGUCGACGAAGCUGAAUUGGCUUGCAAUAGCAUGAAUGGAACCGAAAUAUUGGGAACAAAGUUGAGAGUUGAAAUUUCCCGUGGUCCCGGUCGGAGUAGAAAUAGAGGCGGCGGCGGUGGCGGGGGUGGGUUCAGAGGCCAAUCUGGCGGCGGCAGAGGCGGUUUCGGCGGGUCACGUAGAUCUUACGGCGGUGGUGGUGCCGGUGGUGGUUAUCACCGUGAUAACAACUCGUACGGUAAUCAAGGCGGCAAUAGUAAUAGCUAUCACUCAGGCAGGGCGGGUGGUGGUGGUCCGAAAUACAGCAGUAGAGGAAGAUACGGAGGCGACAACAAUUACUCCGGAGGAAGAAACAAUUCCGGUUACAUGGCCGGUGGUAAUUCUUACUCACAAGGAUACAACAAUUCGUCUGGCAACGGAGAUGCUUCUGUUGACUAUUAUAAUAGAAGAAAUAAGGAUUCCUCAGGAGCUUCCUCUAGAUACCGCAAUCGGUCACCGGCUGGACGCGGCAGUCAUCGUCAUCUUCGUGAAUGCACGUAAAAGAGUUUCACCUGCGAGUUCUACGUUACCACUGCAAUAAGAGUGGCAAAUAAUUAUAAAUCAUCAACUUCUUGCUUGCCCCCUCGAUGACUACCACUACCACCCGUUGUUCUGGCCAAUCUACACAGCUACGUGUAUAUAUACAAAAAAAAAAAAACAAAAAAAAAAAAAAAAAAAAAACAAAAAAAACAAAAAAAAAUGAGUAAUACAGAUAUUAUUGUAACAACAAUCUAAUCAAUCAAUUAAUUAAGUUAAUUAUAUACACAAUUAGUCGUACGGUGUAUGUUACACUUUCUUAAAAAUCUAUUUUUCAUAUUACGUUUAUUCCAUUAAACAUUCAUCUUAUACUUUUUUUGGUAGUUAUACUUUACACUUAUCUCUGCCUUUAAGGAUAAAACAAAUCUAGAAUCACAUUUUUAAUACGCCAAAAUUAAGAGAAUUUUAUAAAAAAAAAAAAUCUAAUAAAAAUAAAAAAAAAAAAUAUCAAUGCUUAUUAGUCGAAAAAAAAAAUUAAUUAAAUGACUAUUAAUUACCGUCCAUUUACCUCGAUGCCUAAAUUAUCUUCCGACGAACCAAUUAAAAUUUUUAAAUAAAUUUUUUAUUUUAAAUUGUA